GGGCAGGAGAUGCCCCGGGCGCCGGGGGCAGACGGAGCCGGUGUGGCACGGGGUUGGCAGUGCAGUGUCUGCUCCCUUGGCACGGAUGGCUUCCUUCGCUCGCGGGCCCCUGCGGCGCGAGAGAGACUUCGUUCUGGACGGGGUGGCGGUGGGCAGCAUCGCCGGCGGCUACACGCGGAAGCUGCCCAAGCUGUGGUCCGCUGUGCCCCCUUACAACGCCCAGCUGGACUACCACGCUGCCAACUACUUCGCAUCCCCUUCUGUUAAGGCGGUGCUGCGGAAAACGGAGCAGCAGUAUGGUGGCACAUCUAGGGAUGGCUGGAUAGUGGACUAUUUCCACACCUAUGGGCCAGGGCAGAGAUACCUGAACAGGAGAAACUGGGCUGGUGCAGGCCAUUCUAUUGAGUACGUGAGUGGCCACGAUGGUUACCUGGCAGAUGUGAAACCACCGAGAGGGUACAACGGACGCUUUGGCUAUCGUCGUAACACCCCUGAUCUGCGGAAGAAGUCAUCCUGCUUUGGUGAAGUCACUAUUUUCCCGCUCCACUGAGGAUGUAGCAGCUGCUCUGCAUAUGCCAUUGAUAUUAGCCCCUUGGGGCACAACAGAGUUCUGGAGAGA